AAAUAAUUCUAUACCCUGGUUUCAGAGAUGAUGUUGGUCCGAUAUAUAAUUCUAUAUUCUGGAUUUCUCCUUCUAACCCUAGCUUCACCAUCAAGUAGUUGGAAAAUUAAAGAGACCUGCGCAAUCAGAUCCAACCUACCAGAAAGAUUACAGCGGAUCUGUGAGGCCCUGGAUAUGAUAAUGAAAGCUCUUCAUGAACAUGAACAGUUUCCUACAAAUAACCGUGGAAUAAGGGAUACAGCUUCUCAUGAGACUCCAGGACUGUAUGCUGGUAAUGUGAAGAGGAAAGGAGAGCCCAGCCAUGUUUUUCUCAGGUUUGGCAGGUCUGGAAAGGUGUAAAGAACUGAAGUGAACCGUUGAAACAAGAAGAUUUUAUUGUUUGUUAAAAUUGUUAAAUGUUUUGUAGAAUAAUAUUACAAUGAUGAACCUUAUUACUGACAAUUAUGAAUGAUUUAAAACGUUGAAUAAAUAAAGAGAAAUAUGAUGA